GCAUCAGUGAUAACAGUUGCGUCGUGGGGGGCCGUGGCCACGCUUUGGCCACGCACCACAUGUCGGGCCUGCCCUUUUGGGUCACAUCAAAGCGAGGUGGCCACUCGCGCGUCGUAUAAGUAGCAUUCAUGGCGCGCUCAUAUUAAUUGGUCCUUGCUCCCGUAACUCGCAAUCCCCCAGAACGGUUGACGCCACAGGCCCAAUGUCGAUGCAAGAGGAACGCUCCGGUCGCGCGAUGCGUCGUACAAGAGACGAGCGCCAGAAGAGACCGACCCGACGUUCAAAGGAGCGGGUCGCAGAUCGUGAUCAGCGGCCCUCUCGCACCACAGAGCCUGAGGUACCUGAGGUGCUCCCCUUUGACUACACGGCUACAGCGCAGGUCUGCAAGAACUUCCUCCGUCAUAUCUUGCAGCCUGCGCGGUCUGACGAGUCACAGCCUCCAACCUACAACUGCACGCUCUUCGGCAUAACGACCGUCUACGAGUUCAUCCGCGCCACGCUGCGCAACACUCGGUUCCCGGAGUGCGUGGCAUUCGCCGCGCUGCUCCUCUUGCAUCGCCUCAAGCGUUCUGGGGUCGCCCUGGAUGUGAACGACGCGCACCGCCUCUUCCUCUGCGCAUACAUGAUCGCCGCGAAGGUGCACGUGGACGAGACCUUCUGCAACGCGUACUGGGUCAUUCUGGGGGACCGCCACUUCAAGACGGCGGAGCUGAACCGGUGCGAGCGUGAACUGUGCGGCAUGCUCCAUUGGAAUCUGCUCGUGGACCCGCUGGUGCUGGAGACGUUCACUGAGGCUGUGAAGAGAGACUUCCGCGAGGACGGCCCGUACCCUGACUACCCGCUGGACGAGGACUUGUCAGACCCGGAGAAACGCUUUCCACAGCUGCCAGACAAACCAGCGGUCCAGGAUGAAGAGGAGCCUGUCCUGAUCAAGCCGCCAGUUGUGCCUCCCCGGGCAGUCGUUGCAGCCCUCGCGAGACACCGAAGGCCGAUGGACAUCGUCCAGCCGUCUCUCCUCGAACCUCAAGGACUAGAGUGCGAGACGUCGGUGACGUCUUGCGCAACCAGUGAUAGCGCACGCUCCAUGGAAGAGCGGCGCCCAGGCUUCCGUUUGCCAUCAUGCAAAGAGCAAUCUGCAACGUGGCUGCCGCUCGCUGUCCUGAGGGCGUCGGGGUAUGUUAUGAACAGUUGCAAUCCUGUCUGAUGGUCGCCCACCCUAUUAUGGGCUUGAGUGUAGAUUGGCCACGACUAUCCGGGCCUCGAAGGCCUGCGACUUAAGGUUAUUCUAUGUAUGUACGGUAGAUUGACUCUGCCAUACCCUUGUUAUUCUGGUCCGUCUUGUAUCCCGUCAUGUAUACAUGUCACUCUUUUACUCGGUCAGAAUACGUACCAUGUAUCUCCGG